AUAACUAUUAAAUUUAAUUCAAAUGGGGUUUGAAGAGAUCAGAGAGCAACUCAACUAUUUACACAGAAAAAGAGACUACUCAAAGCGUAAGAACAAGUUUGAGAUCAGCGAUGAAAAGGAAAACAACAUCAACGACUGCUCUAUCAGUGCUUCUGACUGAAAGGGCGACCACAGAAGUUCAUCUCUGUCCCUUCCAGCUCGUUCGAGGAGAGGUACCAAAGCAGAGCUCCAGCCCAAUCCAUCAAUGAUGCGCAAGCUUCGAUCUAACGGGAGUCCUAACUCCAAGGGCAUGUUCACUUCCUAUGUUCCAGAAAAAGAUCCGAAGAACAAGGCCAGAUACUUGCCUCCUUCCAAGCUUAAGAAAGGACCGGCAAACUACCAAGGUAGAAGAACAGUAAAAUUUAAAGAAGAAAGUGAUUACUCAAUGGAGUACUUUGGCCCAAUCAAGAAGGAAAAGAAGCCUGCUCCCAAGAAGAUUAUGUGCGUCACUGAGAUUAUGGUCGAUCUGAGCGAGUCCGAGACCAGCGUAGUAGAUGACUACGACGAAACAACUUCCCAAGAAAAACCGCUUCCAUCAAGCAGUAGUGAUAACCCGACCGUGAAUUGAGCUUCCCUAAAUGAAAGUGCCACAAAAAGCUCGGAUUCCAAAAAUAUGCUUCCCCCGGAUAAAUGGUCUUUUAUCUUUAAUGUCAGAAAAAGGUCCCAAAAAGGGAGGGAAAAGGAAGAAGAGGAGAAUAAGGAAAGCAAAAUUUCAAAAUCUCUCAUUGACAAGAUCCACAAGCAGAAAGACAUCUUUAGGAUGCCUCCCGCCAAGACUAACAAAAAGUCAUUGAACAAGAAACAGGAGCGACUAAACCGAAAUCUAGAAGCGCUGAUUUAUAAGAAGUUCAAUAACAGGAAGUCGGUCAGUAAGAUCCUCCAAAAGACCGCUAAACUGCAGAAGAACAUUGAUAGGAAGGUCCUAGGAGAACCUGUCGAGAGCCAAGAAACAGGAGAUGCCAUCAGACACUGAAUGAUGAAAAGAAUCAAAGGUUUUCAGAUGGCCAGGGCAGGUAACUACAAUCGAAAGGAACGAACCAGAGGGAAAAUAGACGCUAAGCACCUUAAGCUGAAGUAUCAGAGCUAUAAACAGAAGAGGAAGACCAAGAACUUUAACUUAUUCUCUCUCAAGCAGCUUGAUUUCCCAGAUGCUAACAAUUUGUUGAAGAAGAAGCUCUAUGAGUAUGAGUUUGACAACGAUGUGGAGUCUGACCAUGACGAAAUCACCAAGACAUGCUACGUCAGGCUUAAAGACCUGACGAUCUCCUUAAAAGAGCACCUAGAAAUGGGAGAAAUGUAUGACAACGAUGAUGAUGAUAUUGCCAUUAAAGAACAUGUUGGCUACUCUAAUUAAAGGCAUUCCAGAUCUAAUAUUCAAUAAUUUGAAAAUUA